GCACCGCCCCGGCCCCCCAACCGUCCAAAACACGCGGUAGCUCGAGCUUCUUGCACCCACAACCCACCGCCCGAAGCGCUUGGCGUGGGAAGCCCUAGCACCGCUCUCCAGACCCCUGCAGCGAGGAUAGCGGAAUCGUCGCGCUAGCCCCCGCGAGGCGCCAAAUAGCCUCGCCAUACGCCGCCGCCGCGCCGCGCAGCCCAUACGGCGCACCAGCUUGCUAUAUAAGCGUGAAAGACACCCCACCGCGACGCCGCGCCGCCGGCACCGUCGAAACCAUGGCGGACAUGACCAACAUGUCCUUUGGGACGUUUGAGGCGAAUUUAAGUGACGCGGGCCUCUGCGACUACCUGCUGCAGGACCUAGAUGAUGACCCCGGCGCCCUGUACAAUACCGUGAGUGCGUCGUCGAGCGACCACGAUAGCCAAAGGGGCCACUCGCCGCCGGCGCCGCCCGCGCCGGCGCCGAAGCCGCCGCCGGCGAAGAAGCCGCGGAAGGCGGACUCCGCACCAGCUAGAGCGAAGACCCAGGCCCAGAUCGACCGGAGAAGGGAUAGGAACCGCAUCCUGGCGCGCCGGACGCGACUGCGGAAGAAGUUCUUCUUCGAGAGCUUGCAACAGCAAGUGACCGAAGUGGAACGGGAGAACGCGUUGCUGAAGGAGUUGGUGCGGACGACGCCAGCUCUACAAGCCGACGCCGCGCAAGUGUUGGCUACUUGUACGACUGCUCUGCCCGCCGUCGUCACGGAGAACAGGAGACAGGCCACCGAUCUACUGAAUGCCUCCGAUUUCACGCUCAUGCAAACUUUACAAUCGGCCCAGCGCUCCUUCUGCAUCACGGACCCCUCAUUAGAAGACAACCCCAUCGUCUACGCCUCGAAAAGCUUCCUAGAUACGACGGGCUACACGAUCGACGAGGUCAUCAGCAAAAACUGUAGAUUCCUGCAGGGCCCGGCGACGGACCCGAAAGCCGUGCAGGAACUGAGCAAGGGCAUUAAACAAGGCGACGACGUCACGGUGACGAUCCUCAACUACCGCAAGGACGGCACGCCCUUCUGGAACCAGCUCUUCGUGGCGGCGCUGCGCGACAUCAACAAGCGCGUCGUGAACUACGUCGGCGUCCAGAUCCCCGUCGCCGGGCCGCUGCCGAAGCCGGGGCAGACGGAGCCGAUGCCCUACCCGGCGAAGGCGGCGCCGGCGCCGGCGCCGGCGGCGUGAAGUUGACGGAUGCGCGCGCGGGGCCGGCGCGUCGCCCCCGCCCGCGCGGCGGCGCCCGCUCUCUGGGGAGGGGCGUAA